AUGAAUUUCUUUUUCUUGUUUAUGCCCUUUUCAGUGCCUCUGUCAACGAGAAAAAAAAAACACCCACGCAAUACGAUAAAAAGUAAAAUUCUGAAGACCAGAAAAAGGAAAAGAGAUUACGAUGAAGUAUAUAAGGAUUAUCUCAACCAACCGGCCCUUCCGUACGAUGAAGACAAAAAGGGAGGCGGACAACAUAAGUGCUAUGCUUGCGACAUUUAUUUUAUAAAUGACGACGCGAAGAAACAACACGAAAAAACGAAGAAACACAAGAGGAGAGUGAAAAUGCUUAACACGGAGACGCCCUACACUUAUGUAAAGCUCAUCAAAAAGGACGCCCUGAAGGCUGCUGAGAUUUCCCUCUAA